GUGAUUCGACCCGGGACAUAAGUUUGAACUUUGAACACGGGCCGGAUCUCACAUAUACAUGGUAAUCGAUACGGGCUUUGAAUUCUCAAGCAAAGUCAUAUUCAUGUCACCGCCAUUGACGACAAAGAGCUUCCGAGGAUGUGACAUGAUGGGGGAGAGGGAGACGGUACGCUUUUUCCAAUCAAAUAAAAAAUUGGAGUUGAGAAUUAGUCAUAUUCAGGAUCAGCCUAAAAGUCGUUUAUUUGGUUUUACUGCAAACAAAUAUUCUAAGAAGACGGUUAAAUGUGUCCCUCCGAUGAAAGUCAGCUUGGUGGCGACUGGUAAAGCUGGAGAUAAAGAUAUUGGAGUCUUUCUUUUGAAAACUGCAGCACUAGAGAUUGUUAGAAGAUUCUCUUCAGUCCAUUGUCCGCUUAUUUGGCGUGGGCUUCAGGCCCUUCAAAUUUUCUGUUGUCCGCCGUUUAAAUGGAUCCAGAAAUGGGCCCCUUUCACCAGUUUGGUUAAAGGAAUGCAGGUGUUAUCAAGGCCAUUGUUGUUUCUCUCGGUGGCAACAUGUUUAUUCGAUGAAUCAGGCUCUUCAAAAGGAACACUCAGUGGUUCGAGCGCUGAGCUCACAGAGCUAUCUUCCCAAUUGGCCACACAAGACAUAAGGCCUGGCAACAAGAUUUCUAGAAGUGUCGUUAUGGAAGAUUGGUUGCUAAAACUCUAUGCAGAGCUUGAUAAACAGGGUAUUACUAUACCAGCGAGGAUGGAUGUGGAUGAGCUUCGUAGAUUCUAUGAUGUCAGCGAUGGUGACUUCGCAAGGUUUUUAUCAUCAGUUAGAAAGACUAUUCUCUGGAGGCAGAAAUACCAUCUUUAUUCACCCCAAGAGCUUGAGGCUUGGGUCAAUAUGGUCUUUUGGCAUGGAUCUGAUGUGAUGCAACGACCUUGCCUUAUUAUACGCGUUCGGCUUGCAGCUGCUUUGACUUCAAAUGGUCAAGCACAGUUUGUUAGAGCAGUUGUUUCGCAGGUGGAAUAUGGAGUUCUUAACUUGCUUGAUGCAGAACGUUCUCAAAUGACGGUUUUAUUAGACUGUGAAGGAUUAUCACCCUUCGGGUUUCCUGUAACAACUUUCAGAUCAUGUGCUAUACUUCUUCAAGAUCAUUACCCAAACCGGCUUGGCAGUUUACUCGUCGUACGUCUCCCCUCCGUUGCCCGAGUCAUAACACAAACGCUAUUCCAAGUUUUGAAGCCUAGGACACGGCGAAAGUUAACGAUUGUGGGGGAAGACUACCGAGCGGUCCUUUCCAGAUACUUUGAAGACUUACCACCUUUUCUUGGCGGGAAUUGUUCUUGCACUAAAUGCUCAAACGAGGCAGAAACAGUUGGCAAGAUGACGAGCAUUGAUUUUAGAGAUCAUCGUCUCAACGGCUCGUCUUCUGAUUUUGAGCGUUGUGUUGGUUCGAGCUUAGAUACAAACCAAGAGCAUGUAAAGAUUGUUGUUGCAGGGAGCUUGUUGGUAUGGUUAUGUGUUGUUUUCAUUUUAGCCGUUUAUUAUCACCAGCUUGUGUUCCCUCAGCUGUAUUACAGAACCGGUUCUUGAAACCAUUGUUUACUCUUAAACAAUCGAAUAAAAAGAUUUAUAUAGACUUCAAAAACUUUCAAACUUA